UUUCUUUCACCAUCAAUGGCUUGAGUUGUGCAGCAUGUGUAGGAUCGGCACAACGAGUACUAGAAAGAAUUGAUGGUAUCGAAUCUAAUUCCAUUGACAUUAAUUUAUUGUUAAGUAAAGGAUCUUUACGAAUUGAAAAGUCAAAACUCGAUGUUGAAUUAAUUAAAGCUACUAUUAAAAAUGCUGGAUUUACACUCGAAGAUGUAAAAGUCGAAGACCUAAAUACAGAUAAUACAUAUGCACGUGACUUAAAUGAAAAGAACGAAAAUCUCAUCACUACACGUUUAAUCGUUAGUGGAAUGACAUGCGCGUCAUGUGUUUCGUCAGUAAAACGCGUAAUAGAAAUUUUACCGGGCAUAAAGGAUACCAACGUCAACUUGCUUACAGGUGAUGUCAUCAUCACUCAUGAUCCUUAUAAAACUGGUCAUCGAACUCUCAUGGAAACAAUCACGAAUGCUGGCUUUACUGUUCAGUUAAAUCAAAAUUUCUCAUCUGUUAACAUAAAUGCUACCUCAAAAUCAAUUCGUGAACGUGCUGAGAAACAUGAAAAGUUUCUUCGUAAACGAACCAUGCUUUCCAUAUUAUUUUCCAUUCCUACUUUCAUCAUUGGGAUGAUGUUUAUGAUGUUCCUAAAAGAUAUCAGUUUCACUCAAAAUGUUUUGGGUUUUCAAGUGUUUCCUGGACUUAAUAUUGGUACAUUAAUAAUGUUCUUACUUGCAACACCCGUCCAGUUUUAUAUUGGAUACCCUUUCUAUGUCAAAUCUUAUCAUUCUAUUAGAUAUACUCGUACAGCAAAUAUGGACACUUUAGUUGCUCUAGGUACUUCUGUCUCUUAUUUUGGAUCCAUUAUUAGUGUACUUAUUGGAAUAGUUAAUUAUAAUGAAAGUAAUAAUAUGAACGACGGACAAGAAUUUUUUGAAACUAGCAUAUUCUUGAUCACAUUUAUUUGGUUGGGAAGAUGGAUGGAAGCAAAAGCGAAAAGAAGAACACUUGAUACUAUGACAAAAUUGAUGGAAUUACAACCUGAAAAGGUUGAUUUAGUAAAGAUUGAUAUGAAUAAUGAAAUCAUUGAGGAACGAAAAAUUGAUAUUAAUCUUGUUCAAGCAAGAAUACCUUGUGAUGGUAAAAUUGUGAAAGGAAUUACUUCUGUUGACGAAUCUAUGAUUACGGGUGAAUCAAUUCCCGUUAGCAAAUCUAUCAAUGAUAUCGUUAUAAGUGCUACCUUAAAUCAAUCUUCAACUAUCUUAAUUAAAGCUACUCAUGUGGGUUCAGAUACCACUCUUUCUCGUAUUAUCACUCUCGUACAAGAAGCUCAAUCUAGUAAGAAAGCACCCAUUGAAGAACUUGGCGACAAAAUCUCUCGAGUGUUCGUACCAAGCAUUAUAUCAAUUUCUAUAAUAGUUUUUAUAAGUUGGUUAAUUGCUGGUUCAACUAACUCUUAUCCUAAAGAUUGGAUACCACCUAAUGAAAAUUAUGUAACAUUUGCUUUGUUUUUUGCAAUAUCUGUAAUGGUAAUAGCGUGUCCUUGUGCACUUGGAUUGGCUUCUCCUACAGCUAUAAUGGUCGGAACAGGAAUAGCUGCAAAAUUUGGAAUUUUAAUUAAAGGUGGCGGUGAAGCUUUACAGCUGGCAAGUAAAAUUGAUACAAUCGCUUUUGAUAAAACUGGAACGCUCACAUAUGGAAAACCUAAAGUUGUUAAAUCCAAAAUUAUUGUAAAAGCUAAAAAAGGUGUACAGAAAAUAGAUUUAAAAUAUCUCUUGUUACAAAUCAUUGGAAUUGUGGAAUCUUCGAGUGACCAUCCUUUGGCUAAAGCUGUUACGCAACAUGUAAUGAAUAAAUUAAGUGAGCAAUCAGAUAUGAUGAGUAUGGAAGACGAGAAAAAAAAGAAUCAAAAUUUAAUGAAAAACUUUAAAAAUGUUAGUUUGGUAAAUGUCACAGAAAUUCCAGGAAAAGGACUCAAAGCAAUAGUUAAUGUAAGAUCACCAAUUUGUAUAGUUGGAAAAUUCAAGCAUUCAAAGGAAAGCGUCAAUUAUAAUGUUUUUGUGGGAAAUGAAGAUUGGAUUUUAGAGGAAAAGUGCAUGUACUCAUCAUCAGAAUCUUUUGAAGAACAAAAUCUUACGCAAUCUUGGAGAAAAUCUGGAUGUUCUAUUGUAAUAGUAGGGUUAUCUCUUGCCGAUGAUGACAUAAAUAUUAAUAACGAUAUCGAUAAUAACAAUUUUUCACAUGAAAUUGUAGCAAGAUUUGGUAUAUUAGAUAAACCAAGACCUGAAGCAAAAAACACUAUUUCAACAUUAAAAUCCAUGGGAAUUGACGUUUGGAUGAUUACAGGUGAUCAUCCUAUCGCUGCGAAAGCCAUCGCAUCUCGUUUAAAAAUCAAAAAUGUAUUAGCACAAGUGACUCCUGAGAUGAAAGCGCAAAAAAUAAAAUGGUUGCAACAACGUAAUUCUUCUUCAACUUCGAAUAAAUCUAAAAAAAGCUCAGUAGUAGCAAUGUUUGGAGAUGGAAUAAAUGAUUCUUUAGCACUUACUCAAGCCGAUCUCGGAAUUUCCAUUUCUAAUGCUAGUGACAUAGCCAUUGAAUCCUCUUCAAUUAUCCUUACCCGGUCUACUUUAUAUUCUUUAAUAACAAUGAUCGUUUUAAGCAAAGCAAUCAUAAAAAGAAUUCGUAUAAAUUUUAUUUGGGCAUUCAUGUAUAAUUCAUGCUCCAUACCUAUAGCCGCGGGAGUUUUCUUUCCCAUAUUCAAAGUUAAAUUACCACCUGCCUUGGCAGGAUUGUUGAUGGUAUGUAGUAGCGUGAGUGUAGUGAUGAGCAGUCUUUGGUUGAAAAAAUUUAAAGAACCAAAAUUUCUGAAAUCCAAGCAUUAG